UUUAUAGAGACGCUAUAAACUGGAGCACAGUUCAGCCACUAACAUUUAACUGGUGGAGUCUUACUGCGCUCACAAUGACAAACUUCAUCCUGGCUUCACUCUGCACCUUCAGUUGGAUUUCUGUGUCAGUUUGUCAGUUUCACACAGUUUCUGUUCGACCUGCUGAAGACGUCACACUGAUGUGCAGCAACAUUAGUAAACGUGUCUCUAACAUAUUUUGGUAUAAGAUGAACAGCAGUCCCAACGCCAGCCACAUCUCAUCUAUGCUCAGUGCAGAGUCUAAUGUCUCUCUAUUUGAUGGUUUCCACUUCAGUAAAUAUAACAUGACAUCUAAUACUACAAACCUGUUUCUGAAAAUCAAUGAAGUGAAUUUCUCAGAUUCUGGACUGUAUUUCUGUGGACUGUAUGCAGCAGCAGUCCCUGCAGGGUUCACUGCAACAUACUUAGAGGUGGAAGAUGUUUCAGACGGAUUUCUCAAUCUGCCUUGUGUGAUUCUUGGCUGCGUUGCUGUCUUCCUUACAGUCGUCAUUGUUGCUUUGGUUGUCAAAAUCAGGACAAUACAAACAGAUCAAACUGAGAGAAAGAAUCCACGACCCUCUGAGAACCUGGACCCUGACGGCCUCAACUAUGCCGCGCUGCAUAUCCGUCCCAAAGCCAAGAGCAAAAGAAGACCAGCAGACAAGAAAGAGCUGAAACACAAUGUGUUGUACGCUGCUACAAGAUGAAGACAGGAACAUAUAGUCAGCAGCUCAAAGUGAGAAAUAUGCUUCAAUUUCUUUAUGUGCUUGAAUAUUUUGUCCUUACAUGAAACCCAUUUUCAAAACAAACUGAGCUAACAAACAAACUGGUGUUUGAAAUAUGAAGAACACAACAGUCCAGACUUACAUUGGGUCUGAUGCAGUGGCUCAAAGGUAGAGAUCAUGUUUAUCAAGAACGUCUGCCACAUUGUGGUCUCACUGCAUCUAUUGCCUUCAGAAGCUGUUAAAGUCAAGAAUGUGGUUCAAAGAUCAACUUUUACCUACAUACCCAUUAUUAACUAUGAGGUUGAGAGAUACAGAUACACUAAGUUGGCAAAAGGUUCACAAUACCAACCACAGUGGCAUCUUUCAGCUAUUCUUAUGUUUAGCAUAGAGUUUCAUGAACAAAGUCUUUAUCAUGGCACGUUACUAAUGUGAACAGCAAGAUGUGUAGAUGCUGCUGCACAGUCACCAACAUUGUAAAGUAGCUUAGUCUGUUAAAUCUAGGCUUCCUGUUUAGAAUAAGAGCCAUUCUCAUCCUUUACUGUGAUGUUCAUGAUGAAAGAGAGAGAGAGAGAGAAGUUCCUCCAGCCAUGUCAUCUGCCUUCUCAACCAUCUACACACAAAACCUGCUGCACUAUUAGAGAGCUGCGCCUCACCACUGGCUGUACACUUGUUAUUAAAAUGUGUUGCUUCCAAAACCCAUCACAAGGUUUAUGAAGCAGGAGAACAACUUG